AUGGCUGCACUGAGACAUAUUCAGCUGGCAAUGUGCUCUCAGUAUGUCCCGGAUUUUGUAACAAAGUGGAGAAUGACACUUAUUGAACUCAUAACGAAGAAUCUGAAGAAGACCGAUGAAGAGAUAGCUGUUUCGGCAGUACUUCUUGCUCUUGCUUCACUACAAUUAGGUGAGCAAAUUGGUUCUGAUGUUGGAGGAACCAUUGACAAUUCUUCGCACUCUCGUCACAGACCCAGCCAGACCAGAGCAGUUGCGAGCACUAUGCGCUUUGUCUAUAGCUGUGACAGUCACGUUGCUUCUGUGAGUGACGAGUCCAUAUCUGCAAGCAUAAAGGUGCGUUUUCUCAGAAGUCUAGCUAUUCAAGCCAAACAUUUUCUCCGAAGUCUAGCACGAUUUAAACUUUUGGAAGUUCUCCUUGUUCUUCUUCAGGCAUUACGCUCAACGUGGGCAGGCAUAAAAGUGACUGCACAAGGCACCCGACUUUUCACUACCGCUCUACCAAGCUGGACAUUACUACUGCAG